AUGCUGGAUCACUCAGACGUGCCCAAUUCCACUACAAUGAUGGAGUUUCUCCUCAUGGAAUUUUCUGAUGUGCGGAAUCUCCAAAUUUUGCAUGCCAUAUCCUUCUCUCUGAUUUAUUUGGCCACUUUAAUAGGAAACAUCUUCAUUGUUAUUGUUACCAUCUUUGACAAAGGGCUUCACAUUCCCAUGUAUUUCUUCCUCAGAAAUCUAUCUAUCUUGGAUGCAUGCUACAUUUCUGUUACAGUCCCUAACUCCUGCAUUAAUUCUUUGCUUGGCAGCAGCACCAUUUCAAAGACCGGAUGUGUAGCUCAAGUCUUUUUAGUAGUAUUUUUUGUAUAUGUGGAACUUCUCUUCCUCACCAUCAUGGCUCGGGAUCGCUAUGUGGCCAUCUGCCAGCCCCUCCACUACCCUGUCAUCAUGAACCCUCGAAUAUGCACCCAGAUGACAUUGGCCUCUCUGUUCAGUGGACUUGUUUACGCAAGUGUGCACACAGCCAAUACGUUCUUGCUGCCCUUCUGCAGAUCCAAUGUGAUCCACCAGUUCUUCUGUGACAUUCCAUCGCUGCUGAAGCUCUCUUGCUCUGACACAAUCAUAAAUGAGAUCACGAUUGUUGUCUCUGCUCUGGGAAUUGGUGGUGGCUGUUUCAUUUUUAUCAUAGGGUCUUAUAUUCAAAUCUUUUCUACUGUGUUCAAGUUUCCAAGUGGAGCAGACAGGAAAAAGGCCUUUUCUACCUGUAUUCCUCACAUUCUUGUGGUGUCAGUCUUCCUUAGCUCAGGCUUUUAUGUGUACCUGAGGCCAUCUGUAAUAUCAGCAACCACCUUGGAUAUGGUCCUGUCAGUGUUUUAUUCUGUAAUCCCUCCCCUUUUCAAUCCUAUUAUCUACAGUCUUAGAAAUGAACAAAUAAAAGGUGCCAUGAGAAAAAUCAUGGCAAGAAUGUUCUAUCCAGGUAAUGUAUUCAAAAUUAAAAAGGGUUGUCCUAAGCUAUUUAAUGAUAUUCACCUUUUUGGCAAUACACUGAAAUAA